UCUCAUAUUUCGCAAUUUUGCUAUUCUCAAAAUAUUAUUCAUAAACGCAUACUGAAAUGGAAAACUUUUACUAUAAUAUACUCCUUUCUAAACACUAAUUGACUAUUUGUGGAAAAAUUUAAACCUUUCUAAAAAACUGAAUUACUAUGAAAAUUGUUUUUUACGUUAUACUAUUUGUUUACCUCUUUUUUCAUGGUUUUAGUAUGCACGCUUUUGGAAGAAACGAAAUUAGAGGUACACAUUCUGAUCAAGAAGAAUCUGAAAAAUCUCAUUCUGGAAAAAAUGGGGUGCAAAUGAUAAAAACGACUUUUCCACCAGAAAUGAACGAUUUUUACAAAGAAAAGCAAACAGCCAGCAGUUCAAAAUACCCAGAACCUAAUAAAAUUGAAACGUUUUUGUUUUCCGAUAACCAAAGUGCAGAAGCGAUUCAACAUAAAAUAGAUUGCAUUUCGCACACAGUGGAGCAUCUAUCACCGUUAAUUAAAGAACUGAGACUACCAUUUAAGACGACAGAUGUAGGUAAAGCAACUUUUCAUGGAAAGAGAUUUAAUGAAGAUAAAUCGACAUUAACACGAUUAUUUCUUGUAAUAGUUUUAGAAGUCAAGCAUUUAUUACCAAAUGACUAUGACGGGAAAGUAACAGAAAAGAUAUUUUUGCCAGACAGCAGUAAAUAUAAGCAUCUGCAUUCCUUCUUUCUUUUAUCUUUAAAAACUAUUAAUAUAGGCUCAGUAGAAAGAGCUAAGCUGGUUCAAAUAACAGAAAAUCACCAUGAAAGAAAAACAUCCCGCGUCCAACUGGGCUUGGAAAUUGAUUUCAUCAAAAGAGAUUUUUCUGAAAAAGAACUUAAUAAUACAAAUCAAGAUUUUUCUAACAGACUUCAAGAAUCUCUGAAAAAAGUUUUACUUUUCGAUAGAAAGUGGGAAAAAAAAUCUCUUAAAUUUGAGAAAUUUGGUCUAACUAGCACUAUCGUAGGAUCGGCUCUCUCUCUUAUAUCUAGCACAUUAUGUGGCCUCAGUUUUGCUUUAAAAAAGAAGAGUCUUAUGAAUUUAGACAGAGCAAAGUCUUAUUACCGCGACAAAGCUUGGUGGGUAGGGCAUUUUCCUAUGAUGCUUGGAGAUUUGCUGCAUUUUAUAGCUUUCUACUUCGCCCCUGCCAUUGUAGUUUGUACCUUACAGAUGCUGACAGUUCUGGUUGCUGCGAUAGCAUCCUCUACGUUCAUUAAUGAAAAGAUUAAUAAAUAUGGAAAACUGGCAUGUGCAUUAUGUCUUGGAGGAUGCUGGGUGAUUGCAUUCCACAUACCUAAUGAGCCUUAUAUUGGUAAUGCAGAAACAUUAAUUUUCAUGCUGUCUACUCCAUUAGUCCUUUUUUACCUUUCUAUUCUGUGUCUCACAACAAUUUUUAUGCUCCUAUAUGGGAUUCCAAAAUGGGGUAAAAAGAACUCUUUGUCAUACACAAUUCAAAGUGCAAUUUUUGGAUCAAUGAUUGUCAUUGGAAUGAAAGGAAUUGUUAUUGCUUUUACGGAUUCUUCAUUUCAUUGGUUACCUUGGGUAUGUCUACUUACUGCAGUUCUUUGUCUCUUUUUGCAGUUGGAAUAUCUGAAUAAAGCACUCAUGUGUUAUAAUAGCAUGAUAGUGACAACUCAGUAUUAUGUUUUAUAUUCAGCGCUUGUAAUUUUAGGAUCAGCAUUACUUUUCAAGGUCUGGAAAACUAGCAGCAGUGAUGUAAUUUUAGCUAAUUUUUGUGGAUUUGCCACCAUAAUAUUGGGAAUUUUAAUAUUCACAAUAUUUCAAGAAGAUAACGCAUCAUUUGAUUUUUCGAAGCUUUUUGCAUGAUUUUAUAUUGAAAUCUUGUCAUUUUAAUAAUUUUAGAACUCACAAAAAUAAAAAAUUAUCAUAUA